AUGAGAAAUUUACUGAAUCACUGUAUAGAAGUAACUGCAAUUUCGAAUGAUGAAAAACUAAUUAAAUUUUACAAUUUAUUAAAUAACAAAUAUGAUUAUUAUAAUAAUUCUUUAUUUUGUGAUAUAGUUAGAAUAAAUUAUAUACCAAUUCAAACAAAUAAGGAUAAGUAUUAUGAGUAUUUAAACUACUUGUUACAUGCUAAAAUAACAGGAAAUAAUUAUCGUAAAAGAAUUUUUACGUGGUUAUACAUUACUUCGAAAUGGAUUAAUGAAAGCAAACAUGAGAAUUCUAAUUCUAUAUGUUACCAUAAAAAUUUUAAUGUUAGCGAAAAAUAUUUUAAAAAUAUUAAAGACUUAUAUGAAUUUGUUGAAUAUUAUGAUUAUAUAAAAGAAAAAUUAAAUGAUAAUAACGUUACGAAAAAAAAUAAAUACUGUGAUUAUAUAAAAACUCUCUUUUCCUUAUAUCAUGCCAUGAAAUAUGAAAUGGAUAUGUGA